AAUGGAAGCACAGCCCUUCACAUUGCUGCAAUUGUCGGAAACACAGGAGCAAAGCUCUUGAUUAAAAGAAAGAAAAUUUUGUUGGCAACAGAAGACAAAAAACAUGAAACACCUUUGCAUAAAGCUUUUGAAAAUAUGCAUCUGGAUACCGUUGAAUACUUGUUGAAAGCUGCCGACGAAGUUGGAAGAACCGACAACACCCCUCACCCUAUUGAUGUAAAAAAAGGCUCAAAACUUCUUGCUAAUGCUGUUUCUGCAAAACAGUAUGAUUUAGCAAAGGAGUUAAUUCAAAAGUAUCCUCAAUUUGCUGUGGAAGGCGAUGAGGUACUGAUGGCAAUAGCUAAAACCUUUCCGACUGGGCUAGACCAUUGGCAAAUACUUAUAUAUCCAAUUCCGAAUCAUAUUUUUGAAUGGAUGGUCGACAGAGCGAGGAUAGUGUUUUAUGAAUUAGUAAGAUUCCACAAAAUCCCAAUUAUGAAAAUCAUAGAGGAUGUACCUAGCAACAAGAUUUUGAGUAUUUUGAAAGUGGUACAAUUCACCGUUAUAAAGGUUCCAUUAUAUAUGCUAUCUUGGAUCUAUUGCUUGAUAGUUCUCCUCUUCAUAACGAUGGUUUAUUUUCCGCUCUUUAUGUUUUAUUUUUCUAUGUGGACGAUUUUAAAAACACAAUUUAAAUACAUUGCAAAUAUCGAGAAGAAACACAGGGAACCUCAAGAAGCAAAAGAAAUUUUAAAAUUGGUAUGUGAUGAAAUGGACAAGUUAAAAACCAAUGAUAAACUUCAUGAUCCUCCAUAUUACGAAAGACCAGUUCAUGAAGCAGCACGUAAAGAUGCUUAUGAGGUUGUUGAUGAGAUUUUAAUGAGAUGCCCCGAAGCAAUUCGGUAUAAAGAUAAAAGUGGGUAUGACAUCAUACAGUUAGCAGUAAUGCACCGUUCACAAAAUAUCUACGAGCUUAUCAAUAUCCUUGGGGAGCGUAGGAAUGUUUAUAGAACUAUCGAAGACUCUUCACAAAACAAUAUGUUACACUUGGUUGGAAGAUUAGCUCCCACUCAUAAACUAAAGCUUAGAACUGGUGCAGCACUACAACUACAAAGAGAGCUUCAAUGGCAUGAGGUGGUGAAGAAUAUGGUAUCUCCAGCAUACAUUACUAAAGAAAACAUUUUUAAUGAGACACCGGAUAUGGUAUUCACAAAGGAACACAAACAUUUGGUGAAGGAAGGAGAACAGUGGAUGAAAGUCGUAGCAGAAUCAUGCAGCAUCACUGCAGCACUGAUUGCAACAAUCGUAUUUGCAGCAGCAAUUACAGUACCAGGUGGAAGCAAGCAAGACACAGGCAUCCCUGUGUUUACAGAAAAUGUUGCCUUCACAGUCUUCGCCGUAGCAGACGCAAUCUCACUAUUUGCAUCGAGUACAUCAUUACUAGUGUUCCAGUCCAUCCUCACUGGCCGUUUUUCUGAGCAAGAUUUUCAAACCAGUUUGCCAAACCGAUUGAUUCUUGGUCUCUGCAGCUUAAUGAUAUCAACAACUGCCAUGAUGGUGGCCUUCAGCGCGACCCUGUUCUUUGUCUUUUGUCAUGGUAAACGAUGGAUGCUUGCUCCGAUAUGUGUACUAGCGUUCCUUCCGAUUCUAUCUUUUGCGACUUUUCAAUUACCCUUGAUGGUAGAUCUCAUCUACUCCACAUACGGCUACUACGAGUACAUCUCUAAAAUGGUAAGGAACAAAAACAGACCUAGAUUACUUCCGUAUGGCAUCCGACUGUUUUUUGGCUAG